AUGUUAUCAUCAGGUUUUUGGUUUUGCGAUGAUUCUGGUCCAUUCGAAGAUGAAGUAAAGUUAUAUUUAAUAUGUGAUCUGCUGCUACCCGUCAAAGCUGACGCCUACCUUAAAAAUAUUUCGAAUGAGGAACUGGUUGUGCGGAUGGCUGCUACGCAGAAAGAACUAGAAUUGCAUCCGACUAUAGCAUAUCGUCGUAAUGAGAGUUUAAUGAACUGGGGAAAAAGACGAUAUGGAACAAGAAAACACGAAAAUUUGGUGAAGGGGUGGCCGGAAGAAUGGGAAAUGGAUCGGGAUGUGGAAACAAGUUUCGCUACAAGUGAAAAGUAA